AUGGAUGACCUUCUCGGCCUUUUAAGGAUUCGCAUCAAGCGUGGUGUCAACCUCGCCGUUCGUGAUGUUAAUACAAGCGAUCCAUACAUUGUUGUUAAGAUGGGCAAGCAGAAACUCAAGACUCAUGUGAUUAAAAAGGAUAUCAAUCCUGAAUGGAAUGAAGAUCUUACACUUUCUAUCACCGAACCUAUUCUUCCAUUCAAACUAACUGUGUAUGAUUAUGACACAUUUAGCAAAGAUGACAACAUGGGAGAUGCUGAAAUGGAUAUUUCACCAUAUAUAGAGGCAUUGAAGAUGAACAUUGAAGAUAUUCCAAAUGGUACUAUAAUCACCAGAAUACAACCAUGCAGGACAAAUUGUUUGGCAGAAGAGAGUUGCAUCACAUAUCAAGAUGGACAUAUUGUCCAAGAUGUUGCUCUUAGAUUGCGACAUGUCGAAUGUGGUGAAGUCGAAAUUCAAUUGCAAUGGAUCGCUCUUCCUGGUUCCAAGGGUUUAUAA